AUGGCCGAAGAAACUCAGAAAACUGCCCCUGAAGCACCAGCAACGGAGGAAGUGGUGGUUGUUUCCGAUGUACCGGAGGCGGAGAAACUCUCCACCACCACCAUCACGGAGAAAGAAGCACCACCACAUCCUGAGCCGGAGCCGGAGAAGUCCGCCACCGUGGAAGAAGUAGUCGAGGCUGAGAAGGAGAAAGGAGAAGAGAAGAUCACCGAAUCGGCUUCGUUCAAAGAAGAAAGCAACGUGGUGGGUGAACUUCCUGACCCAGAAAAGAAGGCCUUGGAUGAACUCAAAGAGCUGGUUCAGGAGGCGUUGAAUAAGCACGAGUUCACCGCCCCACCGCCACCACCGCCGGCUAAAGAUGAAGAAAAACAGCCGGAAACAGCCACCGAUGCCCCCCCUGCUGAAGAAGAGUCAAAAACCGAAGAAAAAUCCGAGGUCCCACCUGAGGCUCCUCCUGCUGAUGUACCACCACCGGCCGCAGAAGAGCCUCCAAAAGUCGAACCUGCGGCCAUAGCACCACCUGCUGAACCAAAGGAAGAAGAAAAAACCAGCCCUCCACCACCACCACCGGCGGCGGAACCAUCUGAACCCGUGGUGGUUGAGAAAAUUGAAGAAAAAGUCGAAGCUGUCGUUGACGAUGACGGAGCCAAAACUGUUGAAGCAAUCAAAGAGACAAUCUUCGAAGAAUCCGCUCCGGCCCCACCACCGGAGGAGCCUGCCCCGGCCGAAGAAGCCUCUCCGGCGGAGCCCAAAGAGGAAACAGAAGCCCCAGCACCGCCGCCGCCACCACCACCGGAGGAAGUCUCCAUCUGGGGAAUUCCACUUCUCGCCGAUGAGAGAAGUGAUGUUAUUCUCUUAAAAUUCCUCAGAGCCAGAGACUUCAAGGUUAAAGAAGCAUUCAUAAUGCUCAAGAACGUGGUUUCAUGGAGGAAAGAGUUCGGAAUUGAAUCAUUAGUUGAAGAAGACUUGGGUGGUGGACUGGAAAAGGUUGUGUACAUGCACGGGGUUGAUAAAGAAGGCCACCCAGUGUGCUAUAAUGCGUUUGGGGAGUUUCAGGACAAGCAAGUUUAUCAGAACACUUUUGCUGAUGAAGAGAAGAGAACCAAGUUUUGCGGUGGAGGAUUCAGUUCUUGGAAAAGAGCAUUAGGAAUCUUGAUUUUAGUCCUGAUGGUAAAUGAUCUGAAGAAUUCUCCUGGAUUGUUCCAGACAGAGCUCCGACAAGCCACCAACAAGGCUCUCCAGUUGCUUCAGGAUAAUUAUCCCGAAUUCGUUGCCAAACAGGUGUUCAUCAAUGUUCCUUGGUGGUACCUGGCCUUUUAUAGAAUGAUUAGUCCUUUCUUCACCCAGAGGACCAAGAGCAAGUUUGUGUUUGCAGGUCCAUCCAAAUCUGCUGAGACCCUCUUCAAGUAUAUAGCGCCUGAGCAAGUUCCAGUACAAUACGGUGGCCUUAGCAAGGAGGGUGAGCAGGAAUUCACCACUGCUGACCCUGCAACAGAGGAGACUAUCAAACCCGCAUCCAAAUACACUGUUGAAUUCCCACUCUCUGAGAAAUGCACUUUGGUUUGGGAGGUCAGAGUGGUUGGCUGGGAAGUAAGCUAUGGAGCUGAAUUCGUUCCUACUGCUGAGGACGGAUACACUGUAAUCAUACAAAAGUCGAGGAAGAUUAGUCCAACCGAGGAACCAGUAAUCUGCAACAGCUUCAAAAUUGGUGAGCCGGGCAAGGUUGUGCUCACAUUUGACAACCAAACCUCUAAGAAGAAGAAGCUCCUCUACAGAUCCAAGACCAAAUCCUCUGAUUGA